AUGGAACGUGAGAUCGUGCUCGAGGGUGAUGAAAUAGAGGUGCUGGACGUUGGAGCUUUUGUGACAGAUCCGGAGGCUGAAGCAGAUGUUUGGUUGGCAGGGAAGGUGCUGGCCCAUCACACAGUCAGCGCCACCAUGUUUAAGGCAACGAUGCUGGACCUCUGGGCCACGAGGAACUGUGUUGAGAUCCGCCACGCAGGCCAUAACCUGUUUACCUUCCGUUUCUCCACAACAAAGGACAGGGACCUGGUAUGGAAGUCAGGACCAUGGUUUUUUAACCGUUGUAUGAUUCCUUUGAAUCUGUAUGAUAUCAAAGGUGACCCAGCUAGGGUUGUACUUGACAAAGUACCGUGUUGGAUCAGAGCAUACCAGUUACCAAAGGCAGGCCGCUCUGAAGCUAUGGCUAAGGCUUUGGGCAAUUCGUUCGCUGGGUACAUUGACUGGGACAGGUCCGAGGCAAACAAGUAUGGAAGCUUCUUCCAAUUUAGGGCGUGGAUCAAAGUUGACACCCCGCUCAAGAGGGGGAAGAUGUUGGCGGCUAGCGGGGCUCCCUUCAAGGUAACCUUUACCUAUGAAAAACUGUGGAACUUUUGCUACCGCUGUGGAUGCCUUAAUCAUGUUGAGCGCUUCUGCACCUUGGAGCAGUUGCCGCCUCCGUUACCGUUUGGCCCAUGGCUUCGGGCUGAGAAGGACAGGACCUACUGGCCACGGAAAACGGGGCAGGUUCGUUAG